CCGAGGCCACCGAAGCUACCUAGGGAAAACAUGGCAGGGAGUAGUGCGCCUCCCGUGCUCCAUCUGGAUGACGAUUUUUCUAAUGCGGGAGUUCUGCCCUACGACCAACAAGUGGGACAAACGCAACAACGUACAGCAGGAAUAGGUUCUCCGACAGGUUCUCCUACUUUCUCUUCUCUUGAGACUGCGCCAGACCAGCAUUAUGGGACUGUUAGAAGACCAACAAGUUGUAAUUCGGGAGCAACUAUACCAGGAGACCGAAGAAGUGGAAAUCAUCAACGUUCAACUUCUAGUGGUACUCUAACAGACUCCAGGACAGCUGAUCUCCCAGGCUGCCCAUCUUCUACUCCAGGUGGAAAAACAAUACCUUCCUCAUCAUCGUCGUCUUCUAUACCUAGGAUAGGAAUAGGAUCUACGUCACCGUUUGGACCUUCACUACAUCACCAACAGCACCAGAGCAGACGGAAUCCUGACUAUGCUCAGCAGAGGACGUCGCCCUCCAAUUCACCAGUGAAAUUGUCGCAUCAUCACGCAAGCGACUUCGAAGCAGACGCAGAAUUUUUAGCUUUAGAAGAACAGAUAGUGAACUUGAGCGGGCCCACGGGAGGUCCGGGGCGCGGCGGUGGUGACGGUUUGUCAUUAUGAAGAUGGAAUCUUCAACUUGAUGGCAUACAGAAUUUUUCAGCUAUUCGAUAAACUGAAAUAAGCAAGUAACAGACGAGAAUAACCGAGAUACUGAUGAGAAGGAAGAGUAGCCUUGAUGUUAAGCUACGCCCCUUAUUUCAGUCAGUAACUCGGUUAGAAGAGUCUACACCCUGCCUUUUCGAUUACUUGAAGUAGACAAUACUGGAGUUCUUGUUUUUUGUGUCUCUAACUCAAGGCACCCGUCUCCCUGGUCCUGGCUCUUGGCCGGGAGCUGCUGCGCCAUCCUGGCCUGGGUCUUCCCCAUCAUCGUUUUUCUCAGCGAUACAGCAAGCCAAGACCGCAGCCGAGAACUUCGCAGCCAACACUGGGACACGAUUACUGCGACACUUGAGCGAAGAGACAAGUCGGAGUUCGUCGAAGGAAACGAUAGUUAAGAAUUUUUCCUCCGCAAACUCUCUGAACAACAUGUCUAGCACGCCUCAAGCAUCAACAGCGGUUGCGAGGGCACGUCUCGGCACUGGUGGAGGAAGCGGUGGCAGGUAUGAAGGAACGAGUUGUGAUAUUUAAUGCCUUGCAGGAGGAGAAGCUUCAGUAGAUUGAGUGUAGAUUUCGUAAAAUACUGUGCAGGGUGGAACCAGAAUCGUUCCCUUGCUUCUCACAACUGCUACAAAAGACUAUCCAGUAGUUGCAUUCUCCCGAAACGCUGCUUCUAAUUCCCACUAUCGAGAUCAAGGCAGGAAGGAGACGACUUGAUAUCUCUGGAUUUGCAUGAAGAAGUGGACUUGGAUUGUGCGCUGUUGCGGCAGUCGUCUCUCACUGCGCCUGCAGCACGCAGUCCAGACAGCAAAAAACCUGGACUAGACUCUCUCGAUGGAUUCGUUGACGCAACGAGUCCGACUUCUUCUAUGCAGAAUUCAUCUGGGUCAACGUGGUCGGGUAGUAACUUCGCUCGAGAUAGAGGUAGAGGUAGAGGUGGACGAGGUCAAGACAAAGACAAGGGAAGUGAUAGAAGAAAUCAAGUAGAGGUCGUGGAACAACAAAGUCCUCGGAUGAUCAAGAGCAAUGGUCUUGGUGUAGGAGAUGAGGGGCAAGACAUGCAAGCGACGGCCUCUAGUAUGAUCAGUUCUACGUUGCCGACAGUGAAAAGCUUCCACGUGGAUGUCACGCGGCAUUUGAAUUAUGAAAGAUUUUUAGAUUUUUCAUCAUCAUUCGCUGCCAUCGACGCUCACUUGUUGGGGCUAAUAACUUUCUGAGUCGCUUACGACUUCCUGCUACUAUUUCUGGCUUAUCGACUCUGCAAAACGCCGAUCUCCUCUUCUUUUUAUACGCUGAAUAUCUAUUCUUCUAAUCACUUCUCCUGCAUGUUUCCCAGAUGAACUCAUCAUUGUGCGUCUGCUUUCUUGUCCAUUCAGACGACGAGCUACGGGACUUGUGCGACAAUUACCUAGCGUCCCCAAGUCAAAAAUGGAUAACAGUGCAGCGUGAGAAGCCUGCGGCGUUGCGGCAAUUAGACGCGCAAAGACGACAACGGAUUGAAAAGGAGAAACAAGAAAAGAGUGCCGCUUCUUCAUCCCAUAGAAGUAGAAGAACUCCUCCUGGUGCGUCGAACAAUGGAAAGCCCGUGGAUGUUCAUCAGGCAGUAGAAGUUAGGAGUCUCUGUUCGGUAUAACUAGUGAAGCAAGGCAUAGUUAUCAAAUUCAAAUGGUGCUGGCAAGUACUGGUGAUCUUUGGUGCCUGCUUUCAAUACACGUCGAGUGAAUACCUGUAUAAGUGUUGUUGCUUGGUGAUUCUUCUAAUCCCCUCGACCUCACAGCCUCCACUGGUGGCGAGAAUCUGAUGAAAGCUUCGUGGGGCGAAGUUUCCAUGGCUUCGAGUCACGAUUCCAUCAUGUCUAGUAAGUCGCAGCAAGGAGGAACUGGUGACGAGAGUUCCACUACGAACAAAGUCCCGACUCUUCUUGGAACGAAAAAAAAGCGUGCGCUGACACGAGAAAACGCGAUUCUAGAAGCGAAUUUCGACUGUGGGUCAGUGGAAUGCGGCACGAAUUUCGAAGUGGUAUCGCCAAGAGUACAGCAGAGCUUUGUAGCCAUUAGUCCACCUGCGCACGACGUCGUUGUGGAAGAAGCGGAUGUCGGGAAAGAAGCAGAUGUGGGGAAUUCGGUGGUCACCGGUACUUCCGAGAUAACACUGCGGGAUCAGACUAGUAGAGGAGUAGUUCGUGAAUCUGACAGCAGGAUGCGUGGAGACGGCACGUUCACACUCAGUGGGUUUGAAGAGGUCCAACCAUUGGAGCGCAACGUAGAAGUGCUGGAGGAGGACUGCAUUUAAGUAUGUAAUUCUAGUUUUUUGGUCGUAAUGAACAUCCUGUAAACGCGAGAAAGACUCUGGAGUUGUAGUAUAAGAAAGUCUAAGUUUUGAUUCAGUUUUAUCGUAGAAAAUAACACUAAUGGCAUUGGCAAUAGGAAUAGCUUUCUUUUCAUAUAGUAGUUUGUUGACACUAACCCUAGUGGUGUACAACUACUUGUUCCGCUUCGUAGUUACUGAGUAUUUACAAUCCUGCUACUGCUUGUGCAGAACGCAAUACCCGAAAGUUUUUGAAACAGACAAUUGUGCUUGAAAAAUACAUGUGAACUUUCAACACGGACAUAUGUCAUGGAAAUCGUGAAUCGAUCCGUUGUGGGUUUUUUGGGUUUUCUUUGUACUCUUUUCCUUUCCACAUAUUUUGC